AUGAAACCGAAUUCUGGCUUUUAUGCUGCAUGUACUCUGGCUAUGAUGGUGGCUAUUCAGGCAAUGAAUCAAACAUCAUCGCUGUCAGUCAAUAAUACAUCAACCAAUGAUGAUCACAUAGACGAGGAAGAAAGUUUUUAUACGGUUGAUGUUCUCCUGACAGCUGAUGCAGCCGUUCUAGCAAAAAUCAGUCAAAAUGAUUCUGGUUUAUCAAUUCGUUUAACUGCUCGCGACGGUACAGUCACAGCUUGGUAUCGCCUGUGCACAACGGAAGACUCGAACUAUUUUGGUCAACGAAGUUACGCUCUUCCUAGAAGUACACGAAAUUUAAGUGCUAUAUCAAGUGUCGCAAUUCGUGUCGGUAAACCUGAACUAGCUGCUUCAUCAAUGCCCUACUAUCUGUGCGUUCACGGCUCACUUAAUAGCAAUAGUACAGUAAAUGAGAAUUGGAGUGGCUGCACUUAUGUACAAACAUCUACUGGAAGUAAAAUUGGUGAUGAGCAGCAGUAUCCACUAUACGAUGCGAGCGGAAAAUUAGCUUAA